AUGACAGAUAAUCAAGAAAAUCAUUCUUUUGAAGUAAACAGGUCUCAAAGUCCCAGCAUCAAUUCUCAGAGCUAUGCAAUACCAAUGCCGCAUGAAAUUAUAGAGCAGUUAUCUGAAUGUAGCAGUACAGAGGGAUCUGACGGAGCAGAUAAUGACAAUACAUCUAAUGAAAAUCGCUUUUUAGAUAGUAUUGUUCCUGAGACUAGUAACUUAUUUUUACCGGAGGCACAGGAUCCCGGUUCGAUGUUUGAUGUGUCAAAAUACAUAUUUGAGUCUUUAGCACAGGCAAUCGAUUGUGCAGACUUCUGCGAGGCAAUAUCUCUGCAGACCAAGACAUCCGCCAUAAUAAAUUCCAAGAGUUUGGAGCUUAAGCAACUUUUACAGACUACCAAAGUGCGAUUGACGCAUUUCCGAGAUAGGUUUGAAAAUGGCAUACAAACAUCAAAAACGAUUCGACAAAACUUGCAACAUUCAAAGGAUAGAAUUGAUCAGAUAAGUGCUGUUAUUGCUACAAGGUACCCGAUAGAGUUCAAUCAAGCAAAAGAGAAAAUAGUGGAACGUAACUUUGAUGCGCUGCCCAACGAUAAAUGA